CUCCUGCACUCGUGGCAUCAGAUUCCGCAUGGCGAUCGUUUUUAAUUCAUUAAGCUCACCAGGUAAACAGAGGACCGAGCAAAACAAACAACAAUGAAAAAUCGGAUGGAAAUUAUGGCGUGGUUAUCAAAAGCUCACCGCUUGAGAGCCACUGAGGGAACAUUUGGCUGGGUAUUUCCAGUGCGUAGCACUAAAGCUCACAGUUUGAGAAGCUCUUGCUCAGCAUAAACAACAAAGAAUGCAAAUCUAUUAGAGCUGCUCGUAAAUUAAGAGAAGGUGAUGACAAAUUAAACACAUUUCUUUAUCAAAUAUAUUUCUCACAAGUCAUUCAGUGGCUGCCAAUAUUAGAGAAGUUCUGCUCAUUUCUAUCACUUUGGUAGGCUGAAAUCGAAUUAAGUUGAAUCCAACAGUCUUUUCUCGAACUUGUACUAGAUUGAGACUGGAUCAUAUGAUGUCUCUGCGACUUUUAUCGCCUCGUAAGCUACUUCCCUGGAAGAAAGCCAUUCAGCAAAGGAACUUCAGUCAAAUUGGCUUCAUUGGACUCGGCAACAUGGGUGGGCAUAUGGCCAGCAAUCUGAUAAGGUCUGGGCAUAAGCUGAAUGUAUAUGAUAUAUCCAAAAAGGCCUGCAGUAACCUUAAGGCUCUAGGAGCAACAGUUUACUCAAGAACCCCCGAUCUCGCCAAGAACUCCGAAAUAGUCAUCACAAUGCUGCCAAAUAAUUCAAUUGUUAAUGCUUCCUAUGAGGAAAUGCUAUCAGAAGGUAUCAACAAGGGCACAAUUUUCAUUGACUCCUCCACGAUUUCGCCAGAACUAGUAAAGUCUCUACAAAACAGAAUUAGUUUAACGGAAGGCAGAUUUUUAGAUGCUCCGGUUUCCGGUGGAGUUCCAGGAGCUGAGCAAGCAACUCUUACGUUCAUGGUGGGUGGAGCUGAAAAAGAUUUCAAGGCAGUCAAAGAUAUCCUGCAGUGUAUGGGAAAACGCAUCAUCUAUUGCGGAAUCCAUGGAAUGGGACAAGCUGCUAAGUUGUGCAACAAUAUGAUGCUGGCCAUAUCGAUGAUUGGAGUAUCAGAGACCAUGAAUCUGGCCGUUCGCCAAGGUCUGGAUCCCAAGAUCUUCGCCGAAAUCCUCAACUCCUCUACUGGACGCUGUUGGACCUCGGAGUUCUAUAAUCCAGUACCCGGAAUUACAGCCUCUACUCAAGCCAACAAGGUUCCCAUAGAAUUAAUCAACAAGGAUCUAGAGCUGGUUGCAAAUUUAGCCAACUCUUCGAGUUCCCCCAUUCCCAUGGGCUUGCUGACCCAUAAUAUCUACAGCUCCCUAAUUGCUCAAGGACUUGGCCGUAGAGAUUUCUCAGAUGUCUACGCACUAAUGGAAACAGAGAAAUUUCAUUAUAAGCAAAUGUUCUUGCCUCACCAAAUGCUUAAAUAAAAAUAUUUCUUUAUCGCAUAGUAUGGAAAAACUUGCUUUCAUUGCAUAAUAGUUUAGAAUAAGAGAAGUGUUUUGUUGCUGAUAAACAGUAUCGAAAUGAUGGUGGUAAUUGUAGUGCCCAGUUCGACACCCCCACACAGGCCAAUUUUUAUCGAAAACCUAUUUCUAGUACUUGAAAACUUAAUUGACAAAUAAACAAAGAGCUGAGCAAAACAAACAGAGAUAAAAAUGUGAUAACAUUCAACGAAAAAUAAACAA